AUGUUUGCAGACCGUGUGGUGAUCCCAUCUUCCCUCCGACCCACUGUACUACGCCAGUUCCAUGCGGCUCAUCCUGGUACCAGCCGAAUGAAGUCUAUUGCUCGCAGUUUUGCCUACUGGCCGGGUAUCGACGGCGACAUCGACGACCUGGUUCGACGCUGUUCUCGAUGUCAGCAAGCUGCCAAAAUGCCGCCUCGUCAACCUCCAAUACCCUGGCAACCACCGGAGAGGCCUUGGUCACGCGUGCAUAGCGACUUCGCUGGUCCACUUAACGGAGUCUCCUACCUAAUCUUGGUUGACGCCUACUCGAAAUGGCCCGAGAUUGCUCCGCUGAAUCCAGCAACCGCAUCUUCCACUAUCGCCUUCCUACGACGCAUCUUUAGCCAACAUGGCUUACCAGAAGUCCUGGUUUCAGAUAAUGGCUCUCAGUUUACUUCGUCGUCGUUUGAGGAUUUCUGCCGCCAGCACAACAUCCAGCAUCUUCGCUCCCCGCCCUACCAUCCUCAGUCUAACGGUCAGGCGGAGCGUUUUGUCGACACGUUUAAGAGAGCCCUCUUGAAAGCUCAUGGGGAGGGGACCACGGACGAGAUAGUCCAGGCAUUCCUGUUUUCCUACAGGACAACACCGAACCCGGCGUCCCCUGGUGGCGUUUCUCCUGCCGAAGCGUUGAUGGGCCGAAAACUGCGUACAACUUUUCAUGCCCUCGUCCCUACCGGUGCGCAGCCCGCGCAGACUUCUCCAGUCUCUCGCAGCAAGCUCUCCAUCGGAACGCCUGUCUUCGCCCGUGAUUAUCGAACGGAGUUCCCAGACUGGAUUGAAGCAACCGUGGUAGCGCACAGAGGCAGUAUGUUGUUUGACGUCGACGUUGGUGGUGAAAUCUGGGUUCGUCACCACAACCAGAUCCGACGGCGACAUUGCAGUAACACAACUGGGCUCGAUCCGGCGCCGUCACUCCCCCUUGACAUCCUACUGGAUACCUUCGCCAUUCCGGCAGAUACGUCGGUUCCCGAACCCACUGCUGCGCUUCCUUCGGAUUUACCGCCUUCGGUAUCAGUCACUGCCCCCGGGUCUCCAGACAACAAACCACAACUAAGACGCCGGACCAACCGCGUGCGCCGAUCAACACUGCCGAUGCAGAUCAAUCCACGCCAAAAGCGGUACUGA